UGCUGCAAUCGGCGUGGGUCGCCGCUAUCAACACCAGCCGACGGACCGACAUUUCGAAACAUCCGCUCGAGACAUAUUUUCUGGCGGUCUUACUCCCUUCUGAAAGUACCCGCCCACAGCAACUCAGGAGUGCGGCGCUCAAACAGAUCCAACAUGUCCUCGGACUCGGAGCCUGCCACGCAGGUGGGCGACAGCGUCCCCGACGUCGGACAAGCGCAGCUCAUCGACGAACCCACCACGCCGCCAGACGAUGACUCGAUUGUUGCUUCAUCGCAGCACAGCAUUCCUCCAACAGAGGCCCCAAAUUCGCCGAUCGAGCCUUCGUCGUCGUUCAAGACCGAGGUCAACGAAGACCGGGCGGCUGCGUCCGUCGUCCCGUCAUCCCUCACCCCGCCUCCGUCCUCGCAGGUUCCCAAUCCAGCUGGAACAAAUGCUGCCAAUUCCAUUGGCUACCUUGGCUCGCAACGCCCGGGCAUCUUCUCGCCGCCUGCGACUGGCAUUAACGGAGUCAAGCGAGAGAGCGUAGCGUCUGAGCUCGCUACCCCGACUCCGUCCCAGAUUGCCGACGCCUCCGUCGAGGAACUCCGCAGCAUGCUUCAGGCGUGCGUGGCCGAGCAAGCGAGACUCAAGAUGGAAGCCGCACAUCACAAACUGCAGUUCAACAUGCUCAGCAUCCGGGCCGAAGAGGACACGAAGCGGGCCGAGGUCGAACACGAGAUGACCAAGAAGGAGGUACAAGUCCUGCAACAAGCCGAGUGCGCACGACAAGCGCGCCGCGAUAUUUACGCUGCCGCCGAGUCGACACAGGCCAAGUACCUGCAACUGAAGGCCAUGCACGAACGCGCGCUCGAGGAGAACGAUGCGCUGCACAAGAAGGUCAAGGCGGCCAGGAAAGUCAUCCAGCAGAAGGAGGACGAAAUUGCCAGUCUUACGGACGAGCGGGAGAUGCUUCUGACACGCAUUCGGGAGAACCGGGAGCACUUCCACAUCCUGUGCAGUCCGGGAGGUAUGUUCCAUGGGGCCGUGUCACCUAAGGCCCAAGCUACAAGCCCUUUGCAGCACCGAGCGACACCGCGACAGACCCCCAGAUCGGCGCAUAAGGACACGCAUAAGGAGACCCCACGGAACCACUACGGGGAGGGCGUCGCCGUCCUCCUCCAAGCGCUCAGUCAGGACAACAACAGCGCUCCGUCGACGCCCAUGACCAGCCAGCAUCCGGCUAGCCGGGUGGCUUCCAAACACACCCGCAACGUUCAGUCCAUGUCAUCAUUGCCGUCAACCCCCCUGUCCCGCAACAAGGGAGAUAAUAAGGGACUCCUCCCUUCCAUCGACCUCGUCCCGCAAACCGAGCCGCCACAACGGCAUACGCGGUUUAUCCCAGAGACGCCGACGACCCCGCGCGCCCGAGAGCGCCGGAGGAGUAGGGAAAGCACUAUUUCCGCAGAGGAUAACCAGGAAUUAGCUCGCCAGGCGCUGCAAUCCUUCGUCUCCCGCGGCUCCCAACAGUCGCGCAGCUCGCGCCGGCCGCUGCCUGGUGAAGCAGAAGAGGAAGUGUACGAGAGCCAAGCCAGCCAAGCAGCCUCCGAAAUGCUCCGGCGCGAUCCCCGCGAGAGCUUUGAGGUGGCCGCCUCGGUCGGGAACUCUCGGGACGGCACGCCGGCGGCCGCGGACAGGAGUGCGAAGCUGCAGGCGACGCUCUUUGGCGGAGUCAAUAAGAGCGGGCUGUCGUCGCAUACGGGAAAGCGCAAGUUCAGUGGGCAACACGGCGACGGCGGCGAUGGCUACUCGAUGCACGACCGCAUCACGAGCCCGACUAAGAAGCUGCGCGAGGUUGGCGGGCUGCGCGAGCCCGCCCGUGUCGGACUGGGGAUACAGUACCGAAGGGAGGGAUAGACUAGGCCAAGGAUUGCUGAACGCGAAGAGUGGCAUGAGCAAGGCUUUUUCUUUUAUGUUUUCGGCGGGAGGGAGGGAAGGGGAAUGGGGCUUCAAAAAAAUAGUUAACUUUCUGCAGCGGGCUUGCAGGUCCCAGGACUUUUCGGCGACGAUACCGACCACGCUGCUUUGCUCAACUCUUGGUCUUC